AUGGUGAAGAACGAGUACGAAAAACUCAAGCCCGCUGAUGAUGAGAAGGAGGAAGUCAACCCAGUUUUGAACGCCAACAUAUUUUCUCGUUUAACGAUAUGGUGGAUGAACAAAAUAUUCGUCACUGGAAACAAGCGACCAUUAGAGGAAGACGAUUUAUUUCCACUGUUAGAAGGGGACAAAUCCGAGGUAUUAACGGAGAAAUUACAAAAAGAAUGGGAAAAAGAAUUGAACAAACGGCAUCAAGGAAAAAGACCUCGAUUUUGGAAGGCGCUCAUGCGCGUCUGCCCUUGGUACGAAUAUUUCACAAUUAUCGCGUUGGUACUAACAGAUAUGGCUAAUAGAAUGACUUUACCAGUUCUUUUGGGCUUUUUGAUCUCUUACUUGAUGGGAAUUCGGCAGUUAGACGUAAGCUUCAAAUACAUUUUACCAACAUUUAUUUGCAUUACAUCUCUCGGACGAAAUCUCGCCCAACAUCAUUAUCAGAACAGAUCCGCCUUAUUAGGGAUGAGAUUUAGGGCGGCGGCAACUGGAAUAUUAUACAAGAAGGUAAGUGAAACAUUUUAUAACUUCAAAUUGAUAACAACAAUAAAAUUUAACAGCAUAGUAUUCUUCCAGAACUUUUAACAAAAUUGUAGCUAUAUUGCGUGAUCGUUUCUAGCAUACAAUAUCUAACAAGUACUUUUAUAUAGAAUACCACAAGAUAAAGAAAUUACAAGUCAGUUCUUUUAUUGUGCUUUUGUUUAUAAAACUAACUUAAUAAGAAACCUACAAAGAAGAUCGGUGGAUCUAACGUGUUGAUUAAAAAUUAUGCAAGAAAUAAAAUAAAAGCGCUAAUAAUAGUUUCUGAGUGCUCCCAGCUAGAUAGUUAAAUACCAAUGUUUUGCAUAAUUUGUUUAACCAAUGAUCAGUCCCUCGGCAACAACUUUAGCUAUUUAUAUCAUUAUUACUAAGGAAAUAUUUUUCUGUAUGCUGACGAUCACAAGACAUAGCUAAACUGGCAAGCAACACAAUUGUAUAGUUGUCGCUUGCCUGAUUUUCCGUACUUUAAAGAUCCAGAUUUUUGUUUAUAAGACGAAAUUCAUGGUGAUCAUGAACUGGCAACAUUGUUUAUAGUGCUUUAAAAGUAUUCAUUCGUGGUCAGAGAAGCGGAAAUUUCUUUACAAAACCUGGAGUUAAUUCAAACCUAUUUUGCCAAGAUAUAGUGUGAAAAGUUUUUGAAGAAGUUUACAUUGGUAAUUGAUUUCUAGUUAGAUAAAGAAAAUGUUGCUUUUUGAAACCCGAUCUAAAUGACCAGUAGUGAAGUUGUUAAGAGAAAGCAUUGGGCAAUAAGAUUCAGUUGGACAAACAAAAGAAGCCGAUUUCAGCCUUUUAAGGGCGUGUUGUUUAACUUCUCAAUUUCGCUUAAUAAAGCCCAGUGGGGUUUUAUCCAAAUUUAAUUCAGUUUGUAAACAGCGUUUCUUUAAAUUCUGGAAAAUGACUUUGAUCAAUGACUUGUGAGGUGUAAAAAAACCUACAACAAUUUGAAUUAGGUCAACCAGGGAGCAAAGUGCUUGUCUAUGAAAGUACGUCAAGUCAGGUACCCGGCUAGUGUCGCGUAAAGGUGAAAAGAUCGAUUUUGAAUUCAAUUGUUUCUAAUCUUACUGAAAGAGAGAUAGACAGCAUCCAUAUUUCUAUCAACGAAAAAUAUUAAUUUGAAUGUAAAUAACUAAAGUUUUUCCACGUUCUAGAAAACGUUUAUUUCUAACCAGAGACGCGUGACUAAGUAUGCUAAGAGUGAACACAAUGCUUAAUUGUGCGUUUUCUGUGCUUUAUGAGAUUUCAUGCGUAUUCGGUAUGCAAUACCCUUUUAAACUCUGGAAUAUGUUUUUCAUUAUUUCUGACCACAGAGGUGGAAAAAAUGUAAACAUAAGUCUUCAAACAUCUCAUGAAGGCCAAUUCGAUGAUGACUCAUGCUGUCACUCAGCUUUCAUUACAUUCCAAUAUUCUGGUCAUGAAUGUUAUAGUAAAUCUACCAGGUGAUACUGACAACUCACUAGCCAAAUAUAAAUCCACGCUAAGAUAAAGAAAGGAGAAACUUACGAUGUACGUCUUUCAUUUGAAUUGAGUCCUAUAAAUCAAAUAAAUUAACUUUUUAAUUCGCUGUACUAAAAUCGGGUUAUCAUCUUUAACUUGCUGAUGACGCUGUGUCUAAUGUACGCGUAUUCUAGUAGUCCAAUUUUUUUUUUUUUUGCAUAGUUAGUACAGGAGACCCAGUAUGAAAGCCGGCAAAAAUCACAGAUGAAACAAUGGUGCUACUGUGUGAAUUUUGGGAGCUAUUGACAGGCAUAAUCGUUUGUUUUUGGUUUACAACCAUGAAUGAAUAAAUUUAUGGGACGUUUUUUAUUUGUCAGUUGGAUAAAAAAUGUAAGAAUGCUGUUGAAUAGUACCUUCGGUCAAGUCCAGAAAACAGGGGCACCCAACGACCGUCUCCUCCUAAAUUCAUUGAAAACACUUUUUUUAGACUAUCCAGAGCACUUUUUGAUCUCUAGAAAUGCAUUCUAAGCGGCGCUAUAAAAUUUGUCCCUUUUCGGUCAUCCUAGGGAAACUUGAGUCUUUUAGAAAUUGCAUUCAGUAUUACUUUCCCGAAAGUUUUAAAUGCAGAUUAUCGGUUUGAAUUUCUCAGAUUCCUCUCUCCAUCACAUUUUUGAAUACAAAGAUUUUAGCUUUCCUUUUUCGACGAAAAAUAGCCUAAUCUGGAGAGAGAAAAUUUUUUAAUGUGAAAAAUUAAACUUCAGAAAUCGUAGGGAAUUAAUAAGAUAAGCUUCGAAAACUGUACAUGGAAUGGAACGGUCAUCUAGAAAUUUUAAGCCGUUCUCAAGUAAUAGAAAAUUCUAGGCCAUAUUUGCUUCGUGUCUCCGAACAGAUAUUUUACAGAAAACAGUCGUUGGGUGCCCCUGGGAAAAGCAGUAACAAAAACAUAGCUACUAAAAAGAAAAGAAAAACUUCACAGUCUUUUACAGCGUGGAUGACACGAAAUUCGUGUUCCAUUCCUUCAAAGCCAUCUUUGAUACCAGUUUCAGGACUUUGCGGCCGUUUUUCAGUAAAUGGAACCAUCGAGUUAGAAGAGAAGACUGAUUAUCGAAGCCGACAAACAUCAAAGUUAGUUGAAAACAACAGUGCUGUACUUUAUGUUGAAAGCUCCCUAACCGUGCACAAUUCUUUGUUUUUGUUCACAAAUUGUGACUGAAUAAACUAUAUUCAAUUGGUCAGUAAGAUAUAUAGACAGGCGGGUUACCCCACCUAAGAGGGUUACCUCACCUACCUGGGGUCUCCCACCUCCAUGUAAACAGACCCUAACAAAGGAGUCUAACAGGUUUCAAAACCAUUCCACUUAAGUAAAUAUGAUGGAACUGAUUUGCGGAAAUGGUAAACGCGAUUCCACAGCGUGGAAAUUUACCAGAAACCCAAACCGUCACACCAACCCGGGUUUGCUCAUGUAAAUAGUAAUCAGUUAACAGCCCUUGUUCAAAAUACCUUUCACUUCCGUUUUACUUGUACUGAGGCACGAGAGACGAAUUAAUUUCUGAUAGAGAAAUUUGCAGGGAGGAAUCAGUUGUCACUGUCCUUAAAAAUUUUAUUAUCUUCUUGCUUUUUAAGAAAUCUGUGCAUAGUCCAUGAAAUAGAACCUCGCAUAAAUUAACAUUCUUGAUUAUAUAUAACCUAGCCAUGCCAAGAUGCACGCACUAACGCGGUAGCCAAUUUCAAGAAUAUAUACGUCUUCGUGGGUAUAUAUAUUGUUAAAUGCAAAUAGCGAUUUUGGUCCAUCGAGCUGGAUGUUCCUAGAGUGAUUUCCAACAACAAGGAAAGUCUUAAAAGCAGAAUACUCAACGCCGAGAGCAUUCAUGAACUAUCAGUCUUCUAAAUCUUGCUUUACUGACCGAAAGAAAAAGAAAGAAAGAAUGAAUAAACGCUGCAUGCUUUUCGGCAAUAUAAUUAAAUUAAGUCCGGAAAAAACUCGGAAUUGUCCCGGAAUAACCUAACUUUUACCUCAGAGUGGUUCACGUUCGAAGAUUUGUUUUUCUUUGACUUUGACCUUUGAUUGGGUUCGGAAGAUUGAACCACGGUCACUUUAGAGCACGUUUUGAUUGUGUUUCUUAGAAGGAGACAUGUGAUAAAAUAAAACAAUAAAAAAAAACAAUAGCAUCAUCUGCCAGAAUUAAGUGUAGAGAGUUUAUCACUUCACCCGAUUUUUGCCAGGUGAACGACUGAGGUUUGUAAGCGAAAAGCUCCCCGACGUUUUGGGCGUUCGAAUUGCAUCACCUACUAUUUCAGAAUGUUUUAGUAUCACCCCUCUGCCUCGGAGUUAUACUUUUUAUUUCUGCAUCCUUAAACGCGCGCAAUAGGGGGAAAAAUGAGAUGAAAUAGAGGGCCAACGUAAAUAUACUCUAAUUUGAUAUUUCAACCCAGUCCUCCCACGAAAUAUUACGUGAACGAACGUAUUGUCAGCAAUAUAGGGUACUUUUACUUGAAAUCAUAAUAAAACGUCAAGUUUUUGCUGAGGACUUUGCAAUGUCCCUUUUAAAGUGAGUAUUUCGCGCGAGACCAUGACCUACCAUUCGCGGUCAGUAAAAUAACGCUUGUUGUAAAUACUAUUAGAAGACCUUAUGAAGUGUGUGUAUGUGAAGUCGAUAGGAUGCUUUUGAAAAUAAAUGUACUUCGUAAGAAGGUUCUUAUUAGCCGAAAUAUAUAACAAAACAGUACGAGAACAAAUAUUUCCAAAGGUUAUUUCGGGUUAUGAAGCUAUUUUAGAAAAGACUCUUAAAAAGUUGACGACUUGACUUGUUUUAAUAAAAAAGAUAACAAUAUCCGUCGUACAAUAGAAACUCCUUCUCCAAAUAAUUUUUUUGUUAAGUUCUAGCAGUGAGCUCAACCAUUUUAGGAAGUUUAAAAAGCUAUUUUCUUAUUUAUGUCAUUCAAAUUAAGCAUUUCAGUGACAACCUUAAUCACCAUUUCCCUAGUUUAUGUUUGCCAAAGCUGAAACAAGUACGAUUAUAUCAAAUUAUGUUCACUUGGUUCUCUUUUGCUUGUGAGCUUUUGUUGCUACUGUGAUUUGUUACUUACCAGCAUGUAUAUACGGCUAGAUUAUGAUUUUCCUUUAUUUCGUUUUACCAGUAAGUAAUGUUCAUUUCUGUAUUCUUAAAUGCCAUAAACCUUAACUUUCUGGAACAACGAGAGCCUCGUAAAGGCGCUGCAUUUCUAAGAGAUAAAUAUCAAUAAACCUAUAUAUUUUUUUUUUAACUUUUUUUUAAAAGCUAAAUAAAGGUUGCUACGACGUAUAAUUGACCUGUUGAAAGGCCGUCCCAAUAUAUAAAUUAUUUGAACGACCGUAUUGUGAGCAAUAUAGGGAAAUUUAACUUGUAUUCACAAUAAAACGUCACUCAACUUUGUCCUAAGCACUUUUAAUUGCUUAGGAUGUCCUUUUUUUUGUCUUGAUAUAUUUCGCGCGCCAUGACCUUAGCAUUUCGCGGUCAGCCAAAUCAAAGUAAGGACCUGCUAAGUAGAUGAUAAAAAGAUCUUCAGCGAAACUUGUGUCUAUUUAAAUUGUAGGAAGGGACGUAUGUUGUUGCAAAAAGUCCUACUUCACAAGAAGUUUCUUCUGUGCGAAAAUAACAAAACAGAACAACAAAUAUUGCCGAAAGUUAUUUUUGGUUAUAUACCUUUUUUUGUGAAUACUCUUAAAAUAAUUGACGACUUCAAAAUUAUUUUAAACAAAGAAGACUAUAUACUUUUUUACGUAUAAAGAGCACGUUUUCAAUCAAAAUUUUUUGCAUGCGUUUUUUAUUAUGCUAUGACUGCAUGCCGAUUCGUUCAUCUUAUUUUAAACUGCAUAAGCCGAUAUUGCUUGGCUAUUGUCAUAAAUAUUGAUAAAAGAGCAUAAUUUUUUCCUUACCAUCAAUUUAAAGAAAUGAUAUUAUACACUUUUACAUGAUGUUAAAAAGAGUGGUUUGAACCUAUAUGAAGUAAAUCACGGAAGUCAGACGGAAAAGCAAUAUAAAGAGGAAUAUCAUCUACUACAGUUUCAAAUUUAAAAUAGAUUAUACAGAAAAUUGAUUUUUCGCAGUUUUUUCACGGAUACCUCACCCUCACGUAAUAUUUUUUUAACACCUACUCAUUUUACUGUUCGUUUCUUUGUUGUCUCAGGUGCUUCGAAUGAGCCAAUCAAAGCUAGCGAAGAUAACUUCCGGCUACGUCAUCAAUUUAGUAUCCAAUGAUAUUCAACGUCUCGACCUGGCGACUCAGAACCUCUUUGCAUCCUUGCGAUCCCCGUUCGAUCUCGUGAUACUGGGAAUUCUUCUCUGGGUUUUGAUUGGUUGGCAGGCAGUCACCGGGUUGGCAUUUGCUCUCAUUCUCAUUCCCUACGAGGCGGAAAUGACAGGCUGGGUUGCUAAGCUCAGAAUGCAAGCAGCUAGGGUAACAGAUAAGAGGUUAGGGGUGAUGAAUGAGAUUGUUUCAGGGAUACGAGCUGUCAAGAUGUAUGCUUGGGAGUUGCCGUACAGAGAUGCAGUGCGUGCGAUAAGGAGGUAAGCUAGAACAAUUUUUAAACAUCAGAUUCAUUUAUAACCUCACUCCUGGAAUCUUUUUUCUCGCCAUACCAGAGAUACGACGAAGCAAAUUUGAAUUCUUGGUUAAUUAUUUCAAAACCCAACUUUAUGCGCUGGUCCUCAAAGGCCAAAAGGGUAGGCUCGACUAUCAGCUAUUACAUAAAAUAAUAAACAAUAAACAACAAUUUAUAGGCAGCACAUCCGCUAAGUGGUUCUUCGUCUGCCUGAUUCCUGGUCGAAUUGGAAUUUGGAAAUGUUGGUUUUUGAGUAGAAGGGGGACCGGAGUACCCGGGAAAAAACCUCUGGGAGCAAGGAAGAGAACCAAGAACAAACUCAACCCACAUAUGGCGUCGACGCCGGGAUUUGAACCCAGGGCACUUUGGCGGGAGGCGAUUGUUCUCACCACUACACCACUCUUGCUUCCAUCCAUGCCCUCGACUGUUCGGGAAAUGCACCCAGUCACUCCUCCCCCGACGAAGGGCGGAAAGAAACAAAUUUAAAAAGCAAUAACCAUCUCCUCCUUCUUAUACUAUGAUGGGAGAGGGAUUAAAUUCUGCGAUCUGGGGUUUGGCAACCAUAAUACUGUUGGUAAAAUGGGAAUAGAACAUACGUGCCCAAAAUAUACUAAUUGCUUAAAAGAUACCGACAUUACCCUUUUGAAUUUCCUCUUGUACUUCCGAGGCCUUAUGCAGAAUACCCUUGUUUUUAUAUUUACAGGUCUGAAAUCUCUAUCCUGCGAAAAAUAUACAAUAUUCUCUCAACAUUCGCCUCCUUGCAGCACACAUACGACAGCGUGAUCUGUCUGAUCGCUUUCAUAACUCUCAUCUUCACCGGGAUUCGCCUGACGCCAUUUAACGUGUUCACAAUGGUCGGUCUCUUGUCGGAGAACAGGCGUUCUCUUGUUUAUGGUCUCACGGACGGAAUGCAGCUGAUUGCAGACUGUUUUGCGUCGCUUGAGAGAAUUGAAGGAUUCUUGUUGAUCGAGGAGCUCAACGAAAAUGGAAAAGAAGAUAAGCAAAGAGAAGAAAAACCAGAGAAGGAAGACAGUACAGAAAGAAAAGAAGAAGCAGAGGAGGAGGAGGAGAGUGCUAAGAAACCAUUUCUAAAGGUGAGGUAUUUUAACACAAUCUGUCUCUUUACGAAUAUAUCCAGAUAUAGAUAUAUAUAUUCAAAACGCUUUCGCCUUGGCCAUAGCAUUCAACAUUAGUUUUUCAAAACUACGCCGCUGUGAGAUCGUAGGUCAUAGACUUUGCUUUAACAACCAACUCUUUUGACUUAAGCGUUAUGGCAUGAUUCCAAUCACUUCCCGUUUGCAUCGCCAUUUGGGUUUGCCUAGACCUUCUCAGUUACUGUCAAUAUAACAGUUUUAGUUAAUCCUUUUGGUAGUUUUGUAUCCAGUAACUUAUUGACUUCUCCUUCCCUUUCCUGUUAACAUUUAUUAAUUUUUAAUUUCCUUUCCUUCUAUCCUUGAUUACCUGCGUGCUAUAUAGCGCGAAAAGACUUUGGUGAAGGAAAAUAUUAAUCAAUAAAUUAACUUGAAACUUCAACCUUUCAAAAGAAUAUCCAGAAACACGAAAGGCCGUGGCAAAAAGUUGCUUGAUGCACUUCUUUGCGCUUGACAUUGGGUUCCUCGGUUUGGGAUCGGUCCUGAACAUUUUUUUUUUCAAUUCCCAUUUUGUGAUUGGCUGUAGAAAUUCGGUAUGCCGUACCUUAUUUCAACAGUUCGCUCCAAGAAAGAUAAUCCGAAGCAGAUUUGGAUUUCAGGUACUGGAUUCCGGAUAGCUUGUCAGUGGAAUUGGGAUUCCGGAUUCCAAUCGCGUUAGCGGGAUUUCGGAUUCCUUGUGGUGAAUUCCCCGGAAUCCGCAUUCCACAAGCAAAAACUUUUCGGAUUCCAGAAUCCGGAUUACUUUACAUGGAGCGAGACUCAGUGUGUUUUUUCCCGUUCAAUUUAGGUUUCUGGGGUCCGUUUCUCGAAAGUCCAGAUAUAUAAUUAACGGGCCCGUAAAGCUGUUGUUGUUUACAUGCAAGAUAAAGGUUUCGAUAGUUUUGCAUCUAACAUGGUAAAACUAUCAGUUAAUGAAACAAAAUGAAAUAUUUUGCUAGCCAGGACCAGCGCUCUUAUUAUUUUUUAUUUCGAUUUGAAUAUUUGAUUGAACUGCCCACCUACUCCUCCCUUAAGCCAACAUUAACAAUUACUUCUCAUUUAGGGCAAAACCUUGGCUUAGGGGAGGGGUAGGUGGGCAGUUUCCCAGAAACGUAUUAUGAUCCAUUUUUUCUUCCAUUUUCCAGGCAUCCAACAUAACUUGCCAUUGGAAUGGUAAAAAUGAAAGUCCGGUUCUAAAUGACGUCAGUAUAGAAGCCAAGGAAGGUAAAUUAGUUUUGGUGACAGGUCCUGUUGGUGCGGGAAAAUCCUCACUUCUUCUGGCGCUUCUCGAUGAACUUCCUCCGAGCUCAGGUAACAUUGCACGCAAGGGAAAGAUAGUCUAUGUACCUCAGACUGCUUGGGUAUAUAGCGGCACCCUGAGAGAGAAUAUUCUCUUCAACCAGAAGUUCGACCAAGAAAAAUACGACCGAACGAUUGAAGCUUGCGAUUUGAAGAAGGACAUUGCUAUGUUGCCUGAAAGAGAUAAUACUGUUCUCGGAGAGCGCGGUGCUAGUCUGAGUGGUGGUCAGCGUGCACGCGUCAAUCUAGCACGCGCAGUGUAUAGCGAUGCUGAUAUCUAUUUGCUUGAUGACCCGCUAAGUGCUGUCGAUGCUAAAGUUGGCAAACACAUUUUUGAGAAAUGUAUUAACGGGUUGCUAAGCAACAAGGUGCGUGUUCUUGUGACGCAUCAAUUGCAGUACAUGAAAAACGCAGACCACAUCGUAAUUCUGGACAACGGAAUCGUGGUGAAGGAAGGGGAAUAUGAGGCAAUGAAGGAAGCUGGACUGGACUUCGAGACACUAGAGAAAGAAUUUGAUCAGGGGCAGGAAAAGUAUCAUGAAAUUGAAGGAGGAAAACUGACCGUGACAACUGACCAGGUAAACUAGUCACGAUUCGCAGACAACUGAAUACAUCUGUUGGUUAAGCGCUGUACUCGUAGAUAUGAGCAUAUUGGAUUUCAAGGAAUCAUUGCGUAUAAACAAGCUACUGCUGUGCCUAAACGAGUCAGGGGAACCCCUAAAUUUAUUUUAAAAUUCAAGUCUCUAUAACAUAAGCAACCAAUUGGUACUAACGUUUAAAAAAAAUCACCGCAGCCUCUAUUCAAAGGAAUGACCUUAAAAAACUUUUGCAUUACCAUAUUCCAUUUCGCGUUUUAGUUACACCUGAUAUAUAAAAUACUUUUUUCACGGUUUCGUUAUCAUUUUAUCCAAAUUUGCGGGGAAAAUAUUUUCACGCAUUUCAGUCAUCGGAAGAUCUUGCGCACUUGGUCACUUUAUUCUCGAGACAGGGACUGGAGUCGAAUUGUGUCCCGCAAUUUCUUCAGGGGCUGUUUCUGGAGACUCGCUGGUCAGCUGUCAGGAUGCUUAAGCAAAGACAACGGCGACAUCAACGAGAAUGGGAAAAAGAGAAAUCGGUUUAGAUUAGCAAAACAACAACUCUGCACGUGCAUCACGCUUUUUAAAACAUUUCUCUGCCAUCACUGCACGACUACGACGUGAAAAUACCCAAUUUCACGUUUUGUGAGGACGUGAACAAAGACAACGACUUUCUUUUUCUUUUCUUGAACUUUGCUACAGUCUUAUAGAAUUCAACUCCAGAAAAAAUUGCCAAGAUUUGACGAACUGAACGAAAUGGAAAAAGCGCGAUAAAGUUUGAAGCAGCGUGAAUUCACUUUGUCAGUGACGUUUUCGUAGCCGUCGCCGUCGUCGUUGCCUAAGCUCUCCAUUGGGCAGAUUUCUCGGUGUCCCUGGUAACAGUACCAGAAGUCUUUGCGAAAGUUAACUUGACCCAGUUUUUUUCUCGUUUCUAAAGUAGCGAAUGGUUUUAAAAUACGUACAUUUUUUUGAAUAACCAUACCUUACGAGCAGAGGUUUCUCUGUUGCAUGGCUUUUAGGGUUUACGAAGUCGUUCGCGUGGCUUGUCUGUCGCAUAGUUAGUUUGUUUACGUCCCGUUUCUCAAGAGGCGUAAACAAACCAGCUACACGACAGAAAAGCCUCGCAAACGACUUCGUAAACCCUAAAAGCCAUGAAACAGAGAAACCUCUGCUCGUAGGGUAGAAUAAUCAGUUACUACAGGGGCGUUCUGACUCUCCGAGAGGAAGUUGUCUAAAAUAGUUAGAAAGAGCCGUUACUUUUGGAAAAGGUUUGAUAAGUCGCCCAAUGUAAGGUGAUCCAAUACACGCUCGGAUUCUGGAUUCCAUACUGUGGAUUCUGGAAUAGAGGAACUGGAUUCGCGAUUCUUUGCCAGUGGAACUUGGAUUCCACAUGCCAGUCGUUCGGGUUUCGUAAGCUGAUUAUGGAUUCCAAAGCCCAGGAUAGGAUUCCUGAUGUAUAAGCAAACUUUCCCGGAUUCCGGAAUCCGCAUUAACUUAUGCAAAGCCAGUAUAAGGCAACUACAAUGACAUAGUUUUCUUUACAUCAAUCCCAUGACGCCUUAGCUGACCCUUUUUCUCUCUUUUCAGGAAAAUUCUAAGCGCAAGGAACGCCGUGAAAGCGACUGCUCUGAAGGUGCCGCGAAGGGCCUGGUCACUUCUCAGGAGGACCGAAUUGUAGGCACCAUUUCUGCCCGCCUCUACUGGCGCUACUUCAGAUCGGGCCUGCAUGGGAUAUUGUUAAUGUUCCUAUUACUGCUGUUCCUAAUCGCGCAAGGUAGGUGCAUGUAUGCUUGUAUCUCAUUAACUCCUUUUUUGAAAUUCUCGGAGCCGUGGUAAAUCAUUUGCUUCUAAGUUUUGACCGCAACAUAUAUUUGUGCGCUGAUGGGAGGCCAGUUUAAUGAAACCUCAAAGAAUAACUAUCAAUUUUUCUUGGCCAACAAGCGUAGUCGCAAUGAGAUAUUCUUUUAUGCAGCCAAAAUAUCUUUUUCCUAAUCUUGCGGGAAAAAAGCGGGAGAACUUGAGAGGACAAGAUUGGUCGAUCUAUUGUAGGCCACAUGGGUAGGCAAUUACACACCACGCGAUUUAUUUUUCAUCCCUGAUGAUGAUGUUGAUCAUCGGCGAAAGCUCGAAAUUCAAAUGUUAUGGCAAUUAAAGGCCUUACUCGAACAAUAUUUCACUUUCUAACGUUUAUAUUUUUGAUACCAUGGAAUGUUCCAAGAACAUAAGAGCUAAUUAUAACUUGCGCCAAUUUACCAACAAAGCAUCAAGCCGUGUUGUUAUUGUUUAAUAAAAGUGACAGCCUAGAAUGUGCCGAAGUAGUUGUUGUGAAGAGUUUUUCAAUCUCGCGGGAAAAAGCGGGUGACCCUGAGAGGACAAGAUUGGUCAAUCUAGUGUAGGCCACAUGGAUAGGAAAUCAGAAUAUAACAAUAAUAAUAAUUAGUGUUUACCAAAUCAGUGAAUACCAAUUUUCGCGCGGUUUGAUUGGCUCUUGUAACUCGGAAUAUCCUUGGCUAUUCUCUGAUUUGAGACUGGAGCCAAGAUGGCGUCUCGUUUCGAGAUAUUUUCGAUAGACGAAAUUGAAGCAGUUGUACAAACAAAUACCAAGAAAUCGACGAUCUUUGACUUGCCAUUGUUUACUGGUAAGUGGAAAAUUAUUUUCAUGCUGAAUUUGCAACAAAAUCGUAAAAAUGCAGUUGACAAAAUCCGAAAUGUUUGUAAAUUGUAAACAAAGUUCCUACCAAGUGACGUUUUUAAUUUGCAGAAAGUUGCUUUUUUCCAUUUUUAUCCAACUGAUUUAGUAAAUACUAAAACAACUAUCCCCCUCAGGGUCGGUGAACAGCGUUAAAUAUAUAAUAAUAAUGAUAAUAAUAAUAAUAAUAGUUUAUUGAUAUCCCUCUCGCAGCCUAAAGGCUGAAUUACCAGGAAGGUCAGUGACUAACAGAAGACAAUACAAUACAAAAACAAUCAAAUAGAUAAUUAUGUAAAUAUGAUUAAAAGCACUACAUAACAGAGAAAAAAUAACAAGCACAGGAUUACAGCUGGUCUUGGAACUUAACGGUGCAGAAAUCUGCGAAUCGCUUUGUCUUGGGGACAAGGCGCGCCAUAUUUCCACCAAUAUUCACCUCCACUUCGGGAGAUAUUUGUCCACUAACAACACCCAAUAAACAUAUGCUUGUAAGCCCUAGCCCUCACCUAUAGCCCCCCCUCCCAGUUACAGGCCAAUCUACCUGCAAACAAAAAGAUAUAUCCGGUUUCAGCACCGCCCCUCCAAAUAUAUGCCAUCCCCCUCUAGCUUGUAUUGAAAUGAAUUUGAUUUUUUUUAACGUCGACGUUUUGAAUCUUGAAUUACAGUUAAAAUCAACUUAAGAAUGUACUCUGAUCAACACUGUUAUGUAGCACUAGCUUGUUUCGACAUGCUGUUCUUUGUCCGCUUGUAAGCUCCCGCUAAUAUAAGCCUCUCUCCCCCUGUCUCUAAACCCUCCUAAAACCCUUUACGAAGUUGUUUAAGCCCACGGCUAAUAGGCGGACGUUUACGGCCGGUACUCAUACAUGAACUGUGUAGCUUCUUUCUAACUAGAAUUUUUCAACAGCAUCUAUAAUUUCUCCUAACCUGUGGCUGGUGCAUCUAACGCGAAUGAAAUGGGUUGAACAGAAGCACAAACUUAACCUCAUAAUUUACGGCAGUUUGGUGGGAGGGGCGCUCUUUCUUGCUGUUCUCCGAGGUCUUCUCUACUACUGUACCACACUAAGAUGCUCAGAUAAUCUUCACGAUCGGAUGGUUAUUUCCAUUCUUCAGUCGCCUGUUUUCUUCUUCGACACCAAUCCUUCCGGGAGAAUACUUAACAGAUUCUCAAAGGAUAUUGGGAUCGUUGACGAGUUUUUGCCUCCUACUUCGCUACUGGCUAUCCAGUAUAUAUUGCAGACACUAGCAUCUGUAUGCGUCACGUGUUCUACCAACUAUUGGGCGAUCAUUGGCGUUAUUCCUAUGGUGACUGGUUUCUUUGCAAUCAACAGGUAACUUAGAUCAAUCGUCAUCUUGUGCUCUGUACAGUAAAGAUAUUCACUUUGAUGAACAAGUGAUAUUACGGGUCACCCGUAAUAUGUUUCAAUAAUUUGCAACAUGACCUGUAGUAUGAAAGGCAAAACUUUAAAUCCCGAUCUCUAACAGAGCUUUGAUACUUUAACCGGCUUCUGCUUUAGAAUAUCAGUAUAGGUCCAAAGAAAGUAUAAUGAUCUGAACUGAACAGACAAAGGCAUUCAAAAUGUUUCCUACGGCCCUACUUAAUUGACUACCUCGGAAUUUAAAGAUAAUUAUAUAUAAGUCUGAACUUAUACAUGUAUAUGUAAAAGCCUGUAGAAAAGGCGAUUUUUUUCCCGCUUUUUUCAGGCGCCCCGAAGCGCAAUGUGAGCGUGGAGCGCGAGACACGCGCUACGGGGGAUAGUGCCCAGCCUGCGAGCAAGCUCUCCAUUUGGGGGAUAUCGUGAAAAGUAGACGCGUGAGACUGGGCACGCGAGAGGAGACGCGAAAGCAGGGGACGGUUUCUCUGCUCACCCGCGCGUUCUCGCGCCCUUUGCUUCGCCCAAAUAGGAGAGCUUGCUGAUAGCGCCUAGUUCCCCUGUCACGGGUGUCAAUACAUUUGGUGUUUUCAGUUGUAUAAUUUUAAAAUAUACCACUGUAGAUGGGAUAUGCACUAUUUACUUAAGUAAAAUAGGUGGUCUGUUUUGUAAAGAUUGUUGAACUCUUCUUCGUGUAGAUAUUAUCUGAAGACCUCUCGUGAAAUCAAGCGAAUGGAGGCGAUAAGUCAGAGCCCGGUGCUGGCUCACCUGGCCGACACUCUGGAGGGAAUCAUUAUCAUCAGAACAUACCACAUGGAGGAAAAGUUUAUAAAAGCUUUUAACGAGUAAGACUUUAUCUUUCUUCUCUUCCCUUUUCUCUAUAGUCUGCCGCGGACACAGCCGUUCUUUGGAACGUUGCGUGGCGAUACAAAGAACGGCUGUGAAACAAACUCUAUUACCUUUAAAAAAGUUAACCUAUGAACACAGACGUGUUUCCAGUUCGCCCCAUUUAAGGUAAGCCGCUUUCUGGAAUUCGAGAAAUUUUUACUUGUGGAAUCCAGGAUCAUGGGCUUUGGAAUCCGGAACACAGCUCAAGGAAUCUGGAAUCCCGCUAACGCCAUUGGAAUCCGGAAUCCCAAUUCCACUGACAAGAUAUCCGAAAUCCACAGCGUGGUAUUCAGGAUCCAAGACUGUCUUGGGCAUAGGGCAAUCCGAUUGUGACUUCAAUUCUGAUAUAACUUUUCGGGUGGGAAGAAGAGACAACCGGCAAAAUUAUGUGUAUACGGCCGUGUUCUCAGGCUAAUCUUUAGCAGGCUUUUAAAGGUCUUUGAUUUUUAAUUACGAGCCAUAUUUUUGACAGAAAGGGACAAUGAUUAGCGUUUCAUUUUAGAGUCUUCAAAAUCUUUUUCUAUAAAUCAUAUGAAGCCAUCAGGCCAAAAAGGGGUCGCAGACGCUUAGAAGAGAGUUCAUUUAACAGAGGUUCUAAUUAUAGGGAUUUGACGGAGAAAAUUUUCAGUGUUUUUGGAUAGAUGGUCGCUUCUGGGAGGUGGUCGUUUACGAAAAGUGGUCGCACUUGGAGGCACGACUGUACACUCCUAAAUGAGGCGAAGCAUCCCCCGCCCCUUGAAAAUAGGAUUUUCCCUGGAGUUUGACAUUUCCUUGCUGCUAAGUAUUACUGUUUUUACAGGGUGCAAGACAGACGAAGCCAGAUCUGGUUUCUUGUGCCACACAGCGCGCGAUGGAUGGGAAUUCGCCUUGAUUUCGUCUGUACGUUGUUUGUAGCGUGUGCAACUUUCACUGGUGUAUUUACCACAACUGAUGCAGGUACAGUGUUUGCAUGUUAUUUUAAUCAAAAACAGCAACACGCAACAACACUUUGUUAUUUUUUAUUUAAAAAAAAUGGAAAAAAAACUGUUACCCUCGACACUCGACCCUCGAUAAAAAGAUAGACUCGCACGCAGGGGGAUGAUCAGAAGGUUUCCCUUUGUUUACCUGAGUAGAAUACUUUGUAAUAGGAAAGAAACGAUACUUAAAAUCGAAGACGAACUUAACGAACUCACUCAUGGACACUAUGAAAUCUUGAUACUCAAGAAAACAUUCCUGUCUGUAUGGCCCUUCUAAAAUAUCUGACAGUUCAUUUUGUUCCUGUUCCUAGUCAACAAAAGCGAUAUUUUUCUGGAAAUUGCUUUAAUUUCCUUCAAUCAGAAAUUUUGCUGCCUCUCAGUCGUAAAUUUCCUUUAUUGGAAGGUAUUUUUACCUUAAAUUUACGUUUAUUGACGUCGCAUUUUUUAACAUAAGCACAUGAGCCUAUCACCAUAGGCUGCUGAUAAGCGUUAAUUUCCUAUAAUAAGAAUAACGUACAUUGACUUCUUUCCUUAGGAACAUUGGGCCUUUCCCUUGUGUACGCCAUCAGUACUGUUGGUCAGCUGCAGUUUGCCAUGCGCCAGACGGCUGAUGUUGAAAACAUGAUGACCGCGGUGGAGCGAGUCAUAACCUACACUGAGCUCCCUAGGGAGCCAGCGUAUGAUAUCACCAACAAGCCCCCUGCCGACUGGCCCCAAGAGGGGGGACUACGAUUUGAGAACCUUUCGCUCAAAUACUACGAAGGGGGCCCCCAAGUUCUUAAGAACAUUUCCAUUAAUAUCAACCCUCGUGAGAAGGUUGGAGUAGCCGGAAGAACGGGAGCUGGAAAGUCUUCUUUGGUAUCCGCCUUGUUUCGGAUGCCAGAACCAGGUGGAAAUAUUUACAUUGAUGACUUGACGCUUGGCGAACUCAACGUUCAAAGCACCAGACCGGUUAUUUCAGUUAUCACUCAAAACCCCACCCUGUUCAGCGGCCCUCUAAGGAUCAAUUUAGAUCCGUUCUCUCGCUUCAACGACACAGAAAUCUGGAGCGUGUUAGAACAAGUUCAAAUGAAAUCCAAAAUACAGGAAUUGCCUGGGGAACUUUAUUAUGAACUUUCCGAGUCCGGAAACAACUUUGGUGUCGGAGAACGACAGUUACUAUGUUUAGCAAGAUCUUUGUUAAACAAAAACAAGAUCAUUGUCAUGGAUGAAGCCACGGCAAACGUGGAUUUUAGCACUGAUAGAAGAAUCCAAGAAACUAUUCGUAGCAAGUUUCAAGACUGUACUGUUAUUACGAUAGCGCAUCGUCUGAACACUAUCAUAGACUACGAUAAAGUACUGGUUAUGGAUAAAGGAACGGUUGUUGAAUUUGAUAAACCAAACGUUCUUCUACAAGACAAACACGGGGUACUUACAGAAUUAUUUCGAAAUCAACAAGUAGCAUUAUCUUAGAAUCUUCUAAUACAGCAAAUUUAAUGAAUGGAUGAACUAAUCAAUUAUUAAUUAACCUGAAAAAUUCACUGAGACAUACGAGCUCUGUUAUAAAACUUUGUCACAGGCGAGAAUUCUUUUCAAAUUAAUACCGUAGACGUUUAACCAAAUACAAUAGACCUCUUUACAUUGUAAGUUUUGUUUUCCAAUGAAGGUCUCAAGGAAAUUUGCCCCUUUGUGACAUGUACGAUGGAGGGCGAUCCAAAAUAGAAUCAUAACAAAGAAUUACUCUAAUUGAGAGUUUAAAUUGAAGUUGCUUAAUAACAUCUAAAUUUGAUGUAUAUGAAAUUAUUUUUCAAAGUUAUUUUAACUAACAUGGAU